AUGCCUGCCGCCACCGCCGUGAAGGCUGUCACCGUGUCGGACGACCCGCAGGUGUACGAAGACGAGCACGUCCACUCUGUGUACGACGAGAUUGCUCCCCACUUUUCGUCCACGCGCUACAAGCCAUGGCCCAUCAUAGCACAAUUUCUGUCGUCUUUGCCUACGGGGUGGGUCGGACUCGACUCUGGGACGGGUAACGGAAAAUACCUGCCACUGCCACAAGACCGCCCGGGAAGCGUUUGGACGGUUGGACUAGACAGGAGCCGCAACUUGCUGGAGAUCGCACAGAACGCAGGCGGCAUACAGCGGGAAGUGGUAUGGGGGAACGUCCUGGAGAUACCGUGGAGGGCAGGGGCAUUCGACUACGCGAUAUCAAUCGCGACGAUCCACCAUCUGUCCACGCCCGCGAGACGGAAAUUGGCAGUACAGCGAUUGAUUGAGAGUAUCUCGCCCGCUCAUGGUCGUGCUCUGGUCUAUGUAUGGGCUAUCGAACAAGACGAACUCUCAAAACGGAGCAUCCCGACGGAAUGCAGUACAAACAACCCCGUCACUGAUUCAGCGAAGGGAAAAGAUGUAUUCGUCCCAUGGGUCCUCUCCUCCCGGUCUGCCAGCGAGGAGAAGAGCAAGAUCCCAACAUCUCACGACGCCACUGCAGAGGCAAACAAGGUCUUCAACAGGUACUACCACAUGUUCGCGCAAGGAGAGCUCCGGCAGCUGGUGGAAGAGGCAGCGCGAGAUCUAGGUCUGUUGAUUGGCAGCGCAGGAGAGGGAAAGGGUGGAGACGGUGACGUUCCUGUUCGCGGACUGGAGAUCGCCCAGGAUGGGUGGGAGAGGUCGAACUACUUUGUAGAAGUGAGACGCUGGCAAAGCAUUUCCUGA